UACUAGCUACUAACAUCAUUUAAUUUAAUUAUGAUUUGAAAUCUCCAGCUUGGGUGAUUGUUAAGAAGUUGUGACAAAGCACUAGAGUUUCUCAAUAGUUGAAGUUUCACUAUAAUCCUAGUGGGUAACGACUUGAUCAAACAAUCUAACCGUUGACUUUAAAGUCGUCGACUGAAAGCUUAGAAUCAACAUCACACGGUAGAAAAAUUGAGUAUCACAAAACAAAAUGUUCCAACAAGUCCCCAAGCCAUUGAUUUGUGUUCAUACCAAACUACAAUAACAUUUUAAAUACCCUCUCUGAGCAAGUUGUGCAGCUAAAACAAUGGGAAGGCCAAAACCAGAAGACUCAAUUCGACAUUUCAGCCAUCCACAUCCAUUGUUCAACUCAUCUCUCAAUCCUCAAGCCAACUCUUCUUCUUCUUCUUGCGUGGUUUGCAAGUUAAAGCUCCUCAAUCUUCCUUCAUACACAUGUAAGCCAUGCAACUUCCACAUCCACCUAAAAUGUUCCGAGUUACCUCAAAAGAUCAGACACCCUUUCGACAAAACCCAUCUUCUGUCUCUAAUCUCAUCUCCCAAAUACCAAGGAGGGCUAUUCCGAUGUGACGCAUGCGGAAAAAAUGGUGAUGGAUUCGCUUAUCACUGCGGAGACUGCGGAAUAGAUCUUCACACGGUUUGUGCCAACAUGCCUUCUCGUGUCACGCACCAAUCUCACCCUCACCACCAACUUUCUCUAACGUUUUCCAUGCCGUCUCCUGGCGGGUCCGGAUCCGGAUCAAGAUCAGCUGCGGCCGCUAGCUUCCGCUGCAGCGUGUGUCAAGAACGCGGGUCUAACUCGUGGCUCUAUAGCUGUAAAGAGUGUGGUGGAUUCGAUGCUCAUUUGUUGUGUGCUAGAAAGAAACUGGCUAGUCCAACAAAUAUGGUCCAACAUGGUCCAAACCGGCCGAUGCAACCGCACUCUAUCGCCACGACGCUGUUUGUUAAUGUUCCUAGUCCAGUUUUUAAUAAUCCUUAUCCGUUGGGGACUCCAACAAUGAGUCCUAUCAUUAGACCUAUGAUUAAUGAGAUGAUUAAUAAUCUUGUAACCAAUACGCCACAAAGUCCAAGCCAAGUUUCUCAGCUUCUUGAUUUGCUCGGGCCAUUUGGACUUGGAGGUGGAUCCGGUUCUUCUUCGUCUUCCGGUUAUCUAGGGUUUGACCCAUCGGUUUUCCAAUCUGUUAACCAACCAUUUGGACUGGGAGGUGGAUCCGGCUCUUCUUUAUCUUCCGGUUAUCUAGGGUUUGACCCGUCGGUUUUCUCAUCUGUUGGCCAACCAUUUGGACUGGGAGGUGGAUCCGGUUCUUCUUCAUCUUUUGGUUAUCUAGGGUUUGACCCGUCGGUUUUCUCAACUGUUAACCAACCAUUUGGACUGGGAGGUGGAUCCAGUUCUUCUUUAUCUUCCGGUUAUCUAGGGUUUGACCCGUCGAUUUUCCCAUCUGUUGACCCCUCAGUGUUUGCUGGUUUCGAUCCUUCCUUGCUUUCAACGUUGUUCUCCGGACUUGGUUUUUUCUAUCCUAAAGAGAUUAUGAGUAUACAAAUGUAUCUGUCUUUUAUUUUGUCUUUUUGCGUUUGGUACAAAUAAUUACUCAAUGUUCUGUCUGAUUACUAUGUUUUAGGGACUUAUAGUAAUGCAUUUGAACUUUUGAUGCCAAAAAAUGGUAGUGUAUUUGAACACUUCAGAAUUCAGAUAACCCAGAAAAUUGUUUAAUCUUUUCCUGCUAGCAUUAUCUAUAUACAGUCGAUUGAAGACAUGUUUCUCAAAAUAGCAGCCCCGUGUGAUAUCUAUCCCCUAGACUAUAUUUGCGAAAUGAUUUUGCCACAUGUCCUCUCUAGAAUCAAUUUCACAAAAUAAAUAUGACA